UACAACACUGAGAACAAAAGAAAACACAACAUGGCAGACCACGACGAGACUAUGGACACCACCGACGGCGACGACYCUGGUGCCAUCGCUGCCCCCACGGUCCGCGGGGGGCUCAACCCCGACGCCGCCCGGCUCUUCCGCGUCUACCGGACCAUCUCGAACAUGCUGAGCAGCCGGGGCUACAUGGUGCCGAAGGAGAUGCGCGAGAUGACCCCGGCCUCCUUCCGGGCGCGCUUCUCGGAGCACCCGAKCCGGGACGCCCUGACGAUCCUGGUGGAAAAGGCGGACGACGAGAACCAACAGCUCUUUGUCUUUUUCGCCGAGGAGGAAAAGGUGGGGGUCAAGCCCAUCAAGGUCUUCACCGACCGCAUGCGCGCGGAGGGGGUCUCGAACGCGAUCAUGGUCCUCCGGGUGGACAUCACGCCCUUUGCCAAGACGGCGCUGAGCGAGAUGAGCGGCGACUUCCGGAUCGAGCACUUCAAGGAGGCGGAGCUGCUGGUCGACAUCACGCAGCACCAGCUGGUUCCCGUGCACCAGGUSCUCACCCCGACCGAAAAGUCCGAGCUCCUCAAGCGGUACCGGCUGAAGGAAACACAGCUCCCCAGGAUCCAGCCGAACGACCCCGUGGCGAGGUACUACGGGAUGAAGCGGGGACAGGUCGUCAAGAUCAUCCGGCCGUCCGAGACCGCCGGGCGGUACGUGACGUACCGCGUUUGUUUGGGGGGAUAGAAGCAACAAAGCAGCACUUKUCGCGGCGUGCACCACCAUCGAACCGGAACGCAWCGCAWCGCAUCGCAUCGCAUCGCAUUGAUUGGUUCGUACUAGCAUUUGUGGUUGUGGCCGUAAUAUAGCAAUGGCCAGCGC